AUGGGAGCAGAAAAUGCCGCUACGACCGACUCGCUAGAAGACGGCGCAUCCAAUCUGGCCGCAGACGAGAAGCAAGCCUGCGGCCAACCUUCCUCCUACAAUGGUCACGGCCUUCAACCGCCGUCGCAGAGCUCAGGUUUGUCGAUCCUUCAUAGAAGACGAAGCUGGUCACACCUGCGAGCGCCGUCGCCCUUCCGCCGAAGCUCCAAGCUCACGUCGUCGGCCGCUUCGCCGUCUCCGCAGUCUACACCACAGCCCAAAACGUACGGCGCCAUCCUACCCCUUAUCCGCUUCUUCAGUGCUGUCGUACUUUGCAGAAGGUCCUCGCACCAAGCAAGCUCACGAGUCUGCCCAGCGGUCGUUUUUAAAGUGUUUGUCGAGUACGAACGUAUUAAGUGGGAGUACCUGGAUUCGUGCACGCAGAGUGAGAAUGCUGCGCUGCUUCCAGAGCAGCACGGACAAGCUCUCACUUCACUGACGCCGGGUAUCCCGAUCAUCGACCUGAUCGAUCAUCCAAAAGACGUAGUCGAAUUGCACUUCACCAAAACCGCCUCCAGUGAUGACAAGAACGCCGACACUGCUCCGAGAAUUCACAGCUACGUGAACCAUAAGGUCGCCAUGCAAUUGUCAUUUUCUGUCAAGAAGACAAAGUUCUACCACAAGCAACAGAAAACAACAUCUACAAGUAAUGACCCGGACAGCAACGAACCACCUGCUAAGUGA